AUGGCUGGUCGCUUCGUGCGGGCAUCCAAAUAUCGGCAUAUCUUUGGCAAGUCGACAAAGAAAGAGUCUUGUUAUGACAACAUCCGAAUCAGUCGCAAUGCCUGGGAUACGAACCUGGUCAAGGCCAAUCCGGAGUAUCUCUCGGUCAACUGGGAGGCCAGUGGAGGUGGCGCCUUCGCCGUCAUCCCCUUGAAUGAGAAGGGCAAGCUUCCCGACCUGAUGCCCCUAUUUCGAGGGCACACCUCGACUGUCCUUGAUACUGACUGGAACCCCUUCAACGACCGACUUAUCGCCUCCGCCUCCGAUGAUGGCAAAGUUAUGCUCUGGGAAGUCCCCAAGGACUUCACCCUGUUCACCGACGCCGAAGAACCGGCCGACGUUCACCCCGUAGCCAAGCUCACCGGUCACUCGAGAAAGGUCGGUCAGGUCCUGUUCAACCCGGCCGCGGAGAAUAUCCUGGCAUCUGCCUCCGGCGACCUCACGGUCAAACUAUGGGAUGUGGGCGCUGGAUCUCAGGCGCUCUCCCUGAAACAUCCCGACAUCGUCCAGUCGCUUUCCUGGAACGCGAGCGGUACCAUGAUGGUCACCACUUCGAGAGACAAGAAGCUACGAGUAUGGGAUGUCCGACAAGAGAGACCGGCGAGCGAGCACCCCGGCCAUGACGGCGCCAAGAAUAGUCGAGCAGUCUGGAUGGGCGAGCAGAACCGCAUCGCUACUACAGGGUUUUCGAGAAUGAGUGAUCGUCAACUAGCGCUAUGGGAGCCGGGAAAUCCAUCGCCUAUCGGUGGCUUUACUUUCCUCGACAGCAUAUCUGGCGUUUGCAUGCCCUUCUGGGACGACAGCUGCCACUGCCUAUAUCUUGCUGGAAAGGGUGAUGGCAACAUUCGCUAUUUCGAGUAUGAGAAUGACAAGUUCGAAUUUCUGUCAGAGUACAAGUCUGGAGACCCGCAGAGAGGUAUUGCGUUCCUGCCUAAACGCGGUGUCAAUGUGCACGACAAUGAGGUCAUGAGAGCUUUCAAGACAGUGAACGAUUCAUACAUUGAGCCCAUCUCCUUUACGGUCCCGCGACGUGCCGAGACGUUUCAAUCGGACAUCUUCCCGCCUGCUGUCGGCAUGAAGCCUGCUGUAAGCGCCCAGGAGUGGCUUUCAGGCCAGUCGGGGCUGCCGCCGAAGAUCGACUUUGAGAGCAUCUACGAGGGCAAUGCGCCGGUUGAGGUUCCGGCUGACUACAAGCCUGCUGCCGUUGCUGCCGCGCCCGCCCCGACUCCAGUGGCAAAACCGGCACCAGCCAAGGAGCCUGAACCGGCCCUGGCCCCGGCUGCUGCACGCUCUCCGCCGCCUUCCAUGAAGCAUCAAUCGCAGUCCAUAGCAGCCAUGGCUUCCAAGUACGAAGAUGACGAAGAAGAAGAGGAGGAUGAGACGAGCAGUUUCGAAGAAAUCCCCAAGCCUGUACAACGCAGCAGCCUGCCUAUCAGAUCCGAACCCAAAGCACCAUUGCCGACCAAGACAUCUACGGCGCCGCCACCGAAGGUUGCGUCUCCCAUCAAAUCACCCACGUAUGCCUCAACUCCUGCUGCUGCUGCUGGUGCUGCCGCCACCCCGACACCUACCACAUCUGGCAACGCGGUUCCACUGGGAGUUGAGUCAACCCUAGGCCACAUCACAGAGUUGUUGGAGAAACAGACCCAGAUGAUCAGCGAUCAAGGUCAGCUCAUCGGACACCUGACUAACGAGGUCGACACCUUAAAGAAGCGGGUGGGGGCGGGCUCGCAAGACCAGAAUGAACGCAUCCGACAGCUGGAGCUUGAACUAGAGUCUUACCGUUCGUGA